UGCUCUGUAUCAAAUAAAACGAGAAUAUAAGGUGCGCGACACUAAAUAAUCUUAUCAUCGACUACUGAUCAGCGAAAAUGAAGGCCGUUAUUCUCUGUCUCGCCCUUUUUGUCGCCGUUGUUACAUCGGAGCGUUGCUCUUUUUCCCACCAUGAGUGUAGCAGUGUGUCGUGUUCAGCUGGUACUCCUCACUGCGUAUUAGGAACUUGCACUUGUACUACAAAUACAGGAAAAGCUUGCACGGCGGGUUCUGACUGUGACGGGCAUUGUCUGUUACAUCGUCCACAACACUGCGUGGAUGGACAUUGUCACUGUGCCUUUGAUAGCCUCAUCGGCGGUCUCGGCGGUCUUGGCGGUGGUCAUGCAUAAAAUCCAGUUGUCGGUGAUUGACCAUUCAUAAUAUAAUGAAUAAAAGUAAAUAAAGUU